AUGAUUUACUGCCGCAUCUACUCUGCACUUUCGGCAACUCUGCUCAAAAUGCUGCAAUUUUUGCUUUAUAUUUUGGCUGCUAUUGGUAUACUGCUAAUUGUAAGAUUGAUACUGGCAAAAUGUUUUCAAUUUUUCUUCCAUUAUCCAACUGUAUUUCGAAAGCUUCACGAUGAGAACUGGGAGCAAGAUGUCGUUUAUCUACAUCAGUUUCAUAAAUCCCCUGUUGCUCCAAAUUUAUCGCCAUUUUGUCUCAAAGUUGAAUCAUGGCUUCGUGCGAACAAACUCAGGUACAAGGCAAUUGUCAACCUUUUCUACUUUCAGGUUUGCUCUACAUGGCUAGCACGCUCUCGAGAAGGGUUACUACCAUUUAUCGAGAUUAACGGGAAACAGCUUGCAGACUCUCAACUUAUAAUUUCACAUUUGCAGGACCAUUUUAAACUCCAUGAUGAUUUGACGACUAAGGACAGGGGGAUUGCUCGUGCUGUAGAUCGGAUGAUCGAAGGCAGUACAUUUUAUUCUUUGCUGUAUUCGAAGGCUUAUGAAAAUACGCAUAAUCUUACGGACAAGAAAGUCAGCGGUGUACGAUUGCCUUCUUUCAUUUUAAGGAUUUUCGCAUUUCUUGCGAGGAUAAAAAUACAUGGUAGACUUAUAGAAAAUGGCGUCGCUCGCCAUAGUCGUGAUGAUGUAAUUGCAAUACUAAAAAAGGAUCUCGAAGCAGUUAACAACCUACUCGAAGAUAAAACUUAUAUGUUCGGAGAAAAGAUGACAUUGGUCAGUCAGCUUUUUGAAUUUGUGACCUUAUUAAAUGGUCAUUGUAUUCUUUAUAAAUUACGUUAAGA